AUGUCGACUGCCCGAGCGCGCUGUGCUCUGCAACCCACGGCACGCGAUCGUUUCGUUUUCUGCGACAGCAGUUGCACCACAGGGCUUGGCGACGGCGGGGACAAAGCCUGUGGCGGGGAGAGCUCGAGGCGGGUGGAGCCUUCUAGCGGCACUCCGCAUUCGCCGUUCAGCACAGCGUCACGCUUUAGUGGGUUCGAGGACAAAGAUGAUGCAUCGUCCACGCUGUGCCUGGGAGACAACACCGAAUUCCUGGACAUGAUCUGCUCAGAUGAUGGAAAAAAGCACAUGGAUCUAAAACUCGCCGGAUGCGUCGCGCUGUUCCUGGUCGCCUACUGCAUCCAGCCUCUUCUGGUCGACGCUUUGAAGUUCGAAGGCGCUGCCGCGACCAGCACGUGCUUGUACUUGAUUCCCCAUUUCCUCGGCAUGCUUUCCGUAGUCUUCACUCUCAGAGAGUCAGCUUCGGGGGAGACCGCUCGAGGACACGAACGCCGCAGGAUGCCUCUUUUGCGGCUGCGAGAGCUUCACCUCAAUCGCCGGGCGUGGCGGAAGGCUUUCUUUGUUGCAGGCAUUGACCUCCUUCAUCAGGUCGCAGAAAAAGCUGGCCUGGUCCUAUGCGGCUCUGGAGCCUAUGUCCUCGUCAGCAGUUCUUCUAUUGUUUGGACAGCUGUCAUUUCAGCUUGCGUCCUCCGACGCCAGUUCUCGUCGCUCCAGUGGCUGAGUCUUCUGCUCAUCUGCGGCGGCAUCAGCAUGAAGGCCGCAGAUCUCACCUUCGAGUUGCACAAUGAGGAGUGCCUGGGGGUUAUUAUCACGUUCCUUUCUGCAAUUCUGCAAGGUCUGACGUUUGUCGUGAACGAGAAGUUUAUGACGAGCUCCACCAACCCCGUCAGCGGCCCUGCCAUAGUCUUCAUGAUGGGAGUUAUUUGCUCGUCUCUGAUGCUCGCCUGGACGUGCAUCUGGACUCUUCCGAACUUCCAAACUCUCAUCGUGAAUCGCGUGCGGGAGAGAGGAGGCAGCCCACUCCGCAUCGCUGCGAUUUUAUUCGGGCUGUUCUGCAGUGGUGCGAUUCACUCGUCCACUCUUUGGUACAUUGUCAAGCAUCUCGGUGGCAGCCAGGCGAGUCGUGGCGAGAAGUCCAUGGUGGAGUUCGCCGCGAUUCGGUCCUGA